AUUCCUUGUAACCGAUUGCUAGAAGAAUUAAUCGAUGAUAUCAAGCCUCAAAUUCGUACUCUCAUUGAAAAAUGUAACUGCGUAAAGAUAUGGAUACAAUUGCUAAUUCCGAGAAUCGAAGAUGGUAACAAUUUUGGAGUGUCCAUUCAGGAAGAUAUACUCGGCGAGGUUGCGCGCAUUGAAAGCGAAGCAGCUGGGUUUCUGGAUCAGAUUUCUCGAUAUUUCAUAUCAAGAGGCAAAAUGAUAUCAAAAAUCGCUAAAUAUCCUUUUAUCAAAGAUUACUCUCGUUGCAUAUGUGAACUAGAUGAAAAAGAAUAUCUGAACCUACGUUUAACAUUAUGCGAACUAAGAAACCAUUAUUGUUGCUUGCAUGAUACCAUCACGAAAAAUAUAGAAAAAAUUAAAAAACCAAGAUCUGUCAAUACUGACACGAUGUAUUAA